AUGACCAACCGAGAUAGUUCUUCUACCACCACCCAGCACGCCGGAAGUGCUGGCGGUGACCCGGCCUACGCAAGGCCCCACAAGAAUAGGAGCCCCGUUGGGGCAGCCACACCAGCCUCUGCGGUCAAUAUGGGUAGUGGAGGUGCCGCAGCCCAUGGAGACCAAUUGGACAGCAUGUUGGGCAGUUUGCAAUCUGAUAUGAACCGACAGGGAGUGAGUACCAAGACUAAAGGACUGUGUGCUGCUUGUAACAAACCCGUUGUUAGUCAGAUGAUUACUGCUCUGGGCAAAGUUUGGCAUGUGGAACAUUUCACCUGUGCUCAUUGCAAGAUGACCCUAGGAACUAUGAGUUUCUAUGAGCGAGAAGGCAAGGCCUACUGUGAGCAAGACUACCACAACCUCUUUGCCCCACGCUGUGCCUACUGCAGUGGGCCCAUUACUGAUAAAUGUGUGACUGCCUUGGAUAAGACGUGGCACCCAGAACAUUUCUUCUGUGGAUUUUGCGGCUGCAACUUUGGUGAUCAAGGAUUCCAUGAACGGGAUGGACAAGCAUACUGCAGGGAGGACUUCCUGAAGAUGUUUGCACCAAAGUGUGGUGGCUGUGGUCAACCAAUAAAUGAUAGUUAUAUAUCUGCUUUAAACAGACAUUGGCAUCCUGAGUGUUUUGUCUGCUGGGACUGUCAAAGGCCAUUUGGCAACAUGAGCUUCUUUGAUCAUGAUGGCCUUCCCUACUGUGAGCAGCAUUACCAUGCCAAGCGUGGUUCAUUGUGUGCUGAUUGUCAGCAACCAAUAACUGGGCCCAGCAUCAUUGCAAUGGGACGUAAGUUCCAUCCAAAACACUUCACGUGUGCCUUCUGCCUAAAGCAGCUCAACAAUGUUACCUUCAAAGAGCAAAACAACAAGCCUUACUGUCACCCUUGCUUCAGCAAGCUGUUUGCAGGCACUAAGAUGAUGGAUUAA